AUGGCCAAGAUAGUCCACCUCCGUCUUGCCGAGCAAAUCUGGGACACAGGAGACGAAACCGAUGCCGGUGUCGACAUCAUCCUCGGCCCAAUCAAACUAAGAGCAGCAGAGUACACCGACGUCAACACCAUGGCAGCCGCCACGACCCUCUUUUCCGGACAAGCACGACCCGCCGUCCUCUCCACCGACGACACCCUUCUGAACCAAGACAACUGGCAACUCCGCGACCUAGCCUUCACCUACAUCCACACCGGUGGCACCAUCGUCAUCAUCCCAAUGGUCGGAAGCAAUGGUGUAUACAUUGAAGAAUUCGUCGUCAAACUCGGGCUUCCUUGGGUUGAAAAACAGAUCGGACGGAGGGAUUUCUCUGUCAACUCGGCUUUCCGUCGUUUCAGUGUCUCCAGUAUCCGUGGCUACAGCUGCGGCUCGAAAGCUAUGCACCUGGAAGAUGUGGCGAGGGAGGAUAGUCUGCUGAUUUCGCCGCGCAAUUGGGUUUAUCGGUCGGAUGUUCCGCCAGGAGGGCAUGAGCUGGACCGGUUUCGGGACGAUGAGGAGGAGGCUGCUGCGAAGGUUGAGAAGCAUUAUGUAGCUGCAGCGUUGGCAGGCGUUGGGCAGGGACGGGUGGGAUAUGUGGCCGAAUGCUUUGGUGAUGCUGAUGCUGUCAAUGUGGUGCUUGGCAUGUUGGGGAUGUUGUAG